UCUCACAGCGCGUCCCGGCCGGUGCUCUCUCUUUCUUCUUUCCUCUACUGCUGACCCCUUCCCGUAAUCUCUGGAGCCAGACAGCUUCCAGGCACCCCUCACUCCAGCUAGAUCACUGGCCUCCUUCCCCCAUCAGUUCCCGGGUGGCUGCCCACCCUCCAGAUUGUUCGCUGGGGCUCCAAGGCUGUUACCCGCCACCGUCGUGUGAUGCACUUUGACCGGCAGAAGCUGAUGGCUGUGACUGAGUAUAUCCCCCCAAAACCUGCUGUCAACCCACAAUGCCUGCCACCUCCUCCCAGCCCCCCACAGGAGGAGACAGGCCUCGUCCGGCUCCUCCGUCGAGAGAUAGCAGCUGUUUUCCGAGAUAACCGAAUGAUAGCUGUCUGCCAGAACGUGGCUCUGAGUGCAGAGGACAAGCUUCUUAUGCGGCACCAGCUGCGGAAACACAAGAUCUUGAUGAAGAUCUUCCCCAACCAGGUCCUGAAGCCCUUCCUGGAGGAUUCCAAGUACCAAAACCUGCUCCCUCUUUUUGUGGGUCACAACCUGCUGCUCGUUAGUGAAGAGCCCAAGGUCAAGGAGAUGGUGCGAAUCUUGAAGGGCGUGCCUUUUCUGCCAUUGCUUGGUGGCUGCAUUGAUGACACCAUCCUCAGCAGGCAGGGCUUCAUCAACUACUCCAAGCUUCCCAGCCUGGCCCUGGUGCAGGGGGAGCUGGUAGGAGGGCUCAGCUUCCUCGCAGCCAGGACCUGCUCUCUGCUUCAGCACCAGCCCCACCAUCUGACUGCCCUCUUGGAUCAGCACAUCAGACAGCAGCAUGAGGGAGACUCCAUCGCGCCAGCCAGUGGGCAGCCCACUGGUGAUCCUGCGAAUCCUGUUCUGGACUCCUAGCCAGCUCGUUGUCCCCAGCCUGCCCAUAAAUAUACUCUGCCCCCAUUGGCUGUGCCAUUCUCCAUUGAAGAUGGGAGAACUUGGGGUGGGGAGUGGCAUUUGUUACCUGGCUCCCACUGACAAUGACCUCAGGUACAGAGCCACUCAGAGAUGCAGAGCGACUCCAUUUCAGAAUGGACGCUCUUAAUCUCUGUCUUUGUUCCUAGUUUUCCCAACUUGGGACCUGAUAGAAGCGGUCUCUUUCAGCUCCCAAGGUCCCAGAGAAGCUGAGCAGAUGAGGAUAUUGCCCUCGUCUCCGUGUUUACUAUCCUUUGUGGCAUGUGUCUCUCAGCCUGUCCCUUUGGGGGUCUGACAUACCAGAAUGGCUCAACUGAGUAAUUGUGGUAAGGAUGGCAUCUGUUGAGAGCCUACUGUGCUUACCACUUUACAUGUGUGUGUUCCUUUAUUUCUCACGAUGUGAAGAAAGCUAAAGGGUGGAGAGGUUAGACACCCUGCUCAAGGUCGUGCAGUUAGUAGGUGGCAGACCAGGGACUUGAACCAGGCCCCUUGCUCUGAAGACUGUGCCCUGGAUUUCUACACCAGAGCUUCCUCAUCUGGGUGCCAGUUGUGUCUGAAUGUUAACUCUCCACUCCCGGCAUGUGCCAUGUUACGGAAAGGUUGGGGUUGCUGCUCUGUGAUAAAGUACAAUGUGUUUUACCUUA